AGCUGAAGGCAGACGCUUAACGACUGAGCCACCCAGGCGCCCCGAGUCUUUUGUUACGUAAGGUUUGUUUAUAUCUAUGUCUACAAUGCAAUACCAUAAGGCUUGCUUAGAGUAGAUUUUGUAAUCUACUUGUAAGGUAGUAAGUCCUGGGGACCACAUGAUUAAUUGUGUUUUCUCUCUAUACAUGUGAGGACUUGCUCUGUUUAUCGGCAAUCGUCAGACUUCAGCAUGGUCACCUCUCCGCUGCUGGCUUUUGUGGCAGUUUCAGUUUUCUGUGUCUUAAAAGUCAGCUCCCGGGAUACAUUUAUUGCAGCUGUUUAUGAACACGCAGUGAUAUUGCCUAAUGCUAGCCUGAUACCAGUGUCCCGUGAAGAGGCAUUGGCAUUAAUGAACCGAAAUCUGGAUCAUUUGGAGGCAGCAAUCACUUCAGCAGCAAACCAGGGUGCACAUAUUAUUGUGACUCCAGAAGAUGGUAUUUAUGGCUGGAACUUUACCAGGGAAACUAUCUACCCAUACCUGGAGGAUAUCCCAGACCCUGGAGUGAACUGGAUCCCUUGUAAUAAUCCCAAAAG